GGGGGCGCGGGGGCGCGCGGCGCGGUGCGGACGGGCGCGCGGGGCGAGGCGGCGGAGUAUGCGCGGGCCUGGGCGGCCAGCCCCGGCGCACAGCCGCGGCCGGGGCGCGCGGCGCGGGGCGGAAAAGCCUGUUUACACAGACUGCACACCGCCUGGGGAAUAAUGCAGUAAAGGAAGUGAGCCGGCUCGGCCUGACUGCUCCAACUUCCUGCUCUCACACACACCAGAGGGGAAAAAAAAAAGAGGAGUGAGAGAAAGAAAAAAAGGGGGGAAAAAUCAGGAUCUCAUUACAAGAGCAACAGACCGUCUGCAGACGCCUGUCAGCAUGGAAAGUCGGGGGCUUUCGCCCGGUUCCUCCUAGAAAUUCCCUCGAAGAAGGAUCUUGAAAGCUCCCCCACAUCUGGGUAUGGAGAGUGCAAUCACGCUGUGGCAGUUCCUGUUGCAGUUGCUGCUGGACCAGAAACAUGAGCAUCUGAUCUGCUGGACCUCCAACGAUGGUGAAUUCAAGCUCCUCAAAGCAGAAGAAGUGGCCAAACUGUGGGGACUCCGAAAAAACAAAACAAACAUGAACUACGAUAAGCUGAGCAGAGCCCUGCGAUACUAUUAUGACAAGAACAUCAUCAAGAAGGUGAUCGGGCAGAAGUUUGUGUACAAGUUUGUCUCUUUCCCGGAGAUACUGAAAAUGGACCCUCACGCCGUGGAGAUCAGCCGGGAGAGCCUUCUGCUGCAGGACCGGGACUGCAAGGCUCCCACCGAGGGCCGUGAGGCGCACAGACACAGCUUGUCGGCCCUCAAAGGCACGAGCCGCAACGAAUACAUCCACUCAGGCCUGUACUCGUCCUUCACCAUUAACUCCCUGCAGAACCCGCCAGAAGCCUUCAAGGCCAUCAAGACAGAGAAGCUGGAGGAGCCACCGGAAGACAGCCCCCCUGUGGAGGAAGUCAGGACUGUCAUCAGGUUUGUGACCAAUAAGACCGACAAGCACGUCAGCAGGCCCGUGGUGUCCCUGCCCUCCACCUCCGAGGCCUUCCUGGCCUCCUCCGUCUCCGCCAAGAUCUCCUCUUUAAUGUUGCCGAACGCCGCCAGCGUCUCGUCGGCCUCGCCUUCCUCCUCCCGGUCCCCGUCCCUGUCCCCCAACUCGCCCCUCCCUUCUGAACACAGAAGCCUCUUCCUGGAGGCUGCCUGCCAUGACUCGGAUUCCCUAGAGCCCUUGAACCUGUCAUCGGGCUCCAAGACCAGGUCUCCAUCUCUUCCCCCAAAGGCCAAAAAGCCCAAAGGCUUGGAAAUCUCUGCGCCUCCGCUGGUGCUCUCCGGCACCGACCUCGGCUCCAUCGCCCUCAACAGCCCCGCCCUGCCCUCGGGCUCCCUCACCCCCGCCUUCUUCACUGCACAGACACCCAACGGACUGCUCCUGACCCCGAGCCCGCUGCUCUCCAGCAUACAUUUCUGGAGCAGCCUCAGUCCAGUUGCUCCACUGAGUCCUGCCCGGCUGCAGGGGCCAAACACGCUGUUCCAGGUGAGCCGUUGGAAACGAACUUCUAAACAGUGAACUUUCUAAGGGAUGUGUUCCCCAGGGGAUCCUGCACAGUUCCCAACACUGCUCAAUGGCCACAUGCCAGUGCCAAUCCCCAGUCUGGACAGAGCUGCUUCUCCAGUACUGCUUUCUUCGAGUUCUCAGAAGUCCUGAUGACAUCUGGCCACAACUAAAGACUCAUUAACUGAUGAAAUAAAUUUGUCCCCAUGGGCUAGUUUACCUGUGUCAUGAGAAGGACUUUGUGAAACCCUGUUAAUUUGGUUUGCACUUUUCAUAACAUGGAUGGUCUAGAUAUAUGUUAGCAUUUUAAAAACUUUUUUUAUAUUCAAGUAUAUAUGAAAUCUGUUUUUGCAUUAAGCGAAUUUUAAUAUUUUUGUUUUUAUAUCCUCUUGGCUCUUAAGUGUUGAACACUGUUGACAGUGAAGAACUUUUCUUAAUGGUUUUCAGUGUAACUAAUUAAGGAUGUGAAGCUUUUUUCUCUUUAAUUCUGCAUAUGCUGAACUAUGCUUAUAUACACCAUUAACCAGCUGUGCCUUCCUUUGCAUUUAGUUUUAUGUAAAUGAUUUAUAUUUUUUAGUAUUAAGAGAAAAUGUUUGAAAGACAAAAAUUAGUAUCAGACAGCUCUAGUAGAAUUUUGUUAUUUUUCACAAGUAGGCAAUAUGAAAGCAUAUUCAUAUUAUUUUUUUUGCUUUCGAUUAUAAGAAUUGCCUUAGAAUCUCUUUUGAACUGAAAUUCAAUAAAUGUAAUGUCCAAGUAAUGUUUUUAUAAGAAACUAAGCCAUAUUUAGACAAUAAAAAUUCAUUAAAAAUGUUCGAAAGUGCAUUUUUUAUAAGGAAUUUGAAAGGCUAGCCUCCCAACUGUUUACAAUCUUUUAGACUCCCCCCAAACAAAAAACCUGAGAUGGAAAAGCUAUAUCCAGUUUAUUCUGUCCUACCCCUGGAAUAUUUUUCUAGGUUAGCAUAUUCUAUUUUCAAACAAUUAACCUUGGUUCUCCGUUUUCCAUAGAGAAUCACAAACAAAUGAAUCAGAGCCCCUCUGAUACAUUUCCUGUAUCACUGAGUUAAGGUUUCUCUAAACCCCUGGAACUAUAAUUAACAUUUAAAAAUCCUAUGCUUUGGAAGGGGCUCACAGACUGGUGAUGCAUACGAACAAUGCAGAAACAGUUCUGUAACACGAGGUGUCUUCAUGUGUAUAGGUAUAGCCUGGCUUGUGGAGAUGGAGAAGUUAUUACUAAACUGGGGGAAGAAAUGAAAGAAAUCUGAUACAAUGAAUAGAAGAUUCUUCAGAAACCUCAUCGUUGUUGAACUGAACUGAUUAUGUUGACAAUUUCGAACACUAAAUUAUUUUGUGUAGUUUAGAGCAGUGCUAACGGGAACAUAACUUCUAUUCCUUCAAAACACAGCAGGCACCACUCUAGGGCACCAUUCUGUACAAUACAAAAGUUCUAGAAGUAAGAGAACUGGAAAGUGUCCAGUGCUUUCAACUCAAGAUCAGUUAACUCCCAUCCUUAAGUUGGAGUAACAGACACCAAUUUGAAAUGUGACUAAAUAAUUAAUUGAUCUAAACCAGGCAUUAAAUAGCAGGGAUAAAAAAACCAAGCUUGCAAAAACAAAAACGUUUCUUAAAUUCUCAAAAAUAUCUAAAAUUUUGUUAGGAUACAAAUGGAGAUUUUCAAUUGGAAUUGAGAAUCUCUACAUGAGGGGAUGAAUGCCCUUAUCUACGGGAAAAAUGCAAACAUUCCAACAUGCAUCUUUGAAUAUAAAAUAAUGGAGCUGAUUCCAAAAUCCAGACACUACUGUCAUGGGCUAAGGAUAAUUCUGUACAAAAACAGUUGGUCCAGCUGAUGUUUUACAAACAUAAAAUGUUAGAGCUAAAAAGGGCCUUUGAGAAUGCAUCCUACCCCCCCACCCCCCGAGUUUCCAGAUAAGGACACUGCACAGGAGAAGCUGGAAGUCGCCUAAGGCCACCCAGCUCAGUGACAGGAUAAUGAUCAGUGCUCAGUCAGUUCUGCUUCCCCAUGCUUAGCUAUCCAUACCUACUAGUCCAAAACUAUGCUAGGUAAAACACAGGUAAGAAGGCAAGAUUCUUACACCGAAACUAAAAAGGAAGUUAAUGUGCAGAUAUCACAACCAAAAAUAUCUUCAAAUGUAAAUGCUGACUGGAAAUAUUCAAAUGACUAUAUAUCAGAUUCUUGUAUUCCUUUCCUCCAAAGACUAUGAUUAACAUAUAAUCUGGCCCCAUCUACUGGAAAUGGAAAAAAUACCAUAGUUGCUGAUGGAUCAAAACUGUUACUAUAACACAAACAGAGAACAAGGACUGAAGUAUAACCCUUAGAGCCCUGCCUCAUUCUGUGUGUGUGCGCGUGUGGUGUUUAUUGUUUUUUAAACAACUAUUUUAGUCAGAAAAUAGUUUUCACGCAACAUAUUAAAUUUCUUCUUUUUAUGUCUGCUUGAUCAGUGUUAAACUGUUAAGGCUGAAGUUUUAUAGACCUAUAAUCUAAACAUUGGUCCCUUUGUACACCUCUUUUGUAUGACUGCAACUCUUCAUUCACUUUCAUAUAUGUAUCAUUUUUACUGUUAUUUUUGUUCAAUAAAUACUUUGUGAUAAAAGGUG